AUGGCAAAAAGGAACGCUCAGGAGGCCUACCAAAGGGUCCAGGAGGCCAAGGCGAAGUCCCGAACUAGGUCUGGUGGUGCCAGGGCGAUCACCUCUCCUCCUCCUCCUCCUCCUCCUCCUAAGAAUACUGGCACUCCCUCUCAACCCAUUGUCAUUUCCUCCUCAAUCGUCAUCGAUGGUGCCAUCGUGUAUCCUCCUGCUCCCGAGGUCGUUUCCGAGUCAGAUUUGAAGACUCGGGGGCAGAGGAUUAUUGAGUCUCCUCCUCAUUCUAAAGAUGCUCCGACCUCUUCCUCCGUUCCUCCGACCGGUCCUGGUGGCGCCCCUCCUGAGCCUAGCGGUGGUGAUUCCUCUACUCCUUUGAAGAAAUGA